AAAAAAAAAACGAGCCGGCUCUUAUCGUUCACCUAAAAGAGCCGGCUCAAUGAACCGACUCGUUCGAACAGACACAUCACUAGCUGUUACCAGGCAGACGAGCCUUUCCAACAUGGCAGCGCCAAACAGCAACGCAGAGCAAACGCAGUUGCAAGAGAUGGAGGAGGAAGAUGCUGGGAUGGAGGAGAGAGAUAUGGAGUCGGACGAAGAACAAGAGGAGGAGGAGGGCAUGAGAGUAGAAAACUCAGACGACGAAGAGGACGAUUCGUCGGAGGACGAGAAAGAAAAUGAAGCGGAGAUCCAGCGACUGGAGGAGCAGCUGUCAAUCAAUGCUUUCGACUACAACUGCCACGUGGAUCUCAUCAAACUGCUGAAGCAGGAGGGAGAACUUUCCCGUCUGCGAAAGGCAAGGCAGAAGAUGAGUGAGCUUUUCCCACUCACUGAAGAGAUCUGGCUAGACUGGCUCAAGGAUGAGAUCCGUCUGACUGAGGAGGAGCCAAACCGGGAGAAAGUAUACGAACUUUUUGAGAAAGCUAUAAACGACUAUAUCUGUCCAGAUAUCUGGCUUGAAUAUGCUCAGUAUUCAAUUGGAGGCAUGGGCUUACCAGGUGGGAUGGACAAGGUGAGAUCCAUCUUUGAGAGAGCGGUGACAGCGGUGGGGGUUCACAUGACCAAGGGACAGACGGUGUGGGAGGCGUACAGAGAGUUUGAGAACGUUAUUCUGUCCACAGUACAGCCUCCCCCUGGCAGGAUUCCCAGCCAAGAGGAGCAAGGGCUGCUGAAUACUCAGCUUGAGCGUAUCCAUACACUGUUUCGCCGCCAGCUGGCCGUUCCCUUAAUGGACAUGGAAGCCACCUAUGCAGAGUAUGAGGAGUGGUCUGAACAUGGCGUGGCUGAGACGGUCAUACAUCAGUACAAAAAGGCUUUGCAGCAGCUGGCAAAGUGCAAACCUUUUGAAGAGUCACUGAUAGUAGCAGAGCCUCCUAAGCUGGCAGAGUAUCAGUCCUACAUCGACUUCGAACUAAAGGAGGGCGACCCAGCGCGGAUCCAGAUAACCUAUGAGCGGACCCUGGCGGAGAACUGCCUGGUACCAGACAUGUGGGCUAAAUACGCCACCUAUCUUGAUCGUCAGCUGAAGAUCAAAGACAUGGUUCUCUCCUCUCACGAGCGUGCAGUCAGGAACUGCCCCUGGACUAUGGGUCUGUGGAAAAGCUACCUGCUAGCUCUGGAGAGGCAUGGAGCCGACCACCAGACUGUCUCAGAUCUUUUUGAAAAGGCGCUGAAUGCAGGUUUCAUUCAAGCGACGGAUUAUGUGGAAAUUUGGCAGGCAUACCUCGACUACCUGAGGAGACGUGUGGAUUUCAGCAAAGAAUCAAGUAAAGAGUUGGAGGAGUUACGAGGAGCUUUCUCUCGCUCUCUAGACUACAUGAAACAGGAUGUUGAAGAAAGAUUUGGUGAAAGUGGAGAUCCUUCUUGUAUCAUAAUGCAGAUCUGGGCAAGGAUAGAGGCUCUCCACUGCAAGAACAUCCAAAAAGCCAGAGAGCUGUGGGACAGUAUCAUGACAAAAGGGAACGCUAAAUAUGCCAACAUGUGGCUGGAGUACUAUAACCUUGAAAGGUCUUAUGGAGACCCUGUUCACUGUCGGAAAGCUCUCCACAGAGCAGUUCAGUGCACCUCAGACUACCCUGAGCAUGUGAGUGAAGUCCUGCUCACAUUUGAGAGGGUCGAAGGUUCUCUGGAGGACUGGGACGUGGCAGUGCAGAAGACAGAGACCCGACUGAACCGGAUUAAUGAGCAGCGAGCGAAGGUGGCUGUGAAAGAAGCCAACCUGGCUCGCCAAGAGGACGAGAGAGGUGAUCAGCGGCGGAGGGCCAAGGUAGACAAGAAGGCUCAGAAGAAGGGCCAAAAGGGAACUCGAGCUGGGGAGAAGAGGAAAGCCGAGCAGGAUGAUUAUCAUGAUGAGUGGAACGAUAACUCCGAACAAGCUCCUAAAAGGCAAAGAGGAAACGGGGACCAAACCGCAGAGGAGUACAUGGAGACCGAGACGGGACUGUUUGGGAGGAACGCUCCCCCUGGCUAUAAGCCUGCUGCUCACGGCAAUAAAAGAGCCCAGCACGGAGCAGCGGCCGCUGCCCAGAAGCAGAACGACGACAAGCCAGAGCUUCGCAACGAUAACAGCAGCGUAUUCAUCAGCAACCUGGCGUACACCCUGGAGGAGCCAGAGGCGAAGCUCAGGACCCUGUUUGAGACCUGUGGUCCCAUCGAACAGGUUCGCCCCGUAUUCAGCAACAAAGGGACCUUCAAAGGCUACUGCUAUGUACAGUUUGAAUCCACAGUGUCUGUCGCUGAAGCCCUGAAGCUGGACAGACGGGAGGUGGAGGGCAGGCCCAUGUUUGUGUCACCUUGUGUAGACAAAAACAAAAAUCCUGACUUUAAGGUAUUUAAAUACAACACAACCAUUGAGAAACAAAAGAUCUUCAUCUCUGGGCUGCCGUUCUCGUGCAAAAAAGAGCAACUGGAGGAAAUCUGCAAAAGUCAUGGCACCAUCAAAGACAUUCGUCUGGUCACGUAUCGCUCAGGAAAACCCAAGGGUCUGGCAUAUGUUGAGUUUGCAGAUGAAGCCCAGGCUUCUCAGGCAGUUCUGAAAUUGGACGGCAUGGUUGUAGAGGACAACACAAUCGCUGUUGCAAUAAGUAACCCUCCUCGCAGAAACAUGGAUAAACCCGGUUCCAACAGGCUCAUGGCAGACAUGAUGCCUCGCCAGGUGUUUGGAUCGAGAGGAAGAGGACGCACUCAGCUCUCAUUACUUCCUCGUUCCCUGCACCGACAGAGUGGGACCGCAAGCAAAGCCGAGAAUGGAACAGCGGCUGAGCAGGUGCCAGCGACAGACAGCGCAUCAGUGAACGCAGCCGGAGAGACGAAACCUUUGUCAAAUUCAGACUUUGCCAGAAUGCUUCUCAGCAAGUGAGAAGAUGAGCGAGAGAAUUACGACCGCCUUCACACUGAAAGCCAUCUUGUGUCCUUAACAAGUUAUUGUUGGUGAUUUUCCUGUAAUUGGUUACCCGGUUUCCCUUUAAUCUCAGUCUUGUUAUCAUCAUCCGUUCUGCGAGAUUUGCCUUAACCGCCAAGCUCCUGCCCUCCAUCGGAAAGCCUUUUCAACCAAUACUUUUCACCAGUGUGACAGAUCGUUUCGGUGUGUUUGAAGGUGGCUGGCCGGCUAUUUUAUAAAAGAAAAGUGUAUCAUAUUUGUGUGUAAAUAUACUGUAUCUAAAAUUGUACGCCUCAUGUUGCAAAGCGUCUUCUUUUGUUGUGUAAUGUGAAGGGGAUCUGAGAGAAACAUAUGGGAGAGUAUUUUUUUUAAAUAUUCAAAACAGCCAAACUUGUGAAUGUUGUUUAAAAAGGUUAUAUGCAAAAGUUCAGACGUGGUGUAAUAUAGAUGGUGUGUGUGUGUGUGUGUGUACAGAAGUUGGAUGUGUUGCAGUGAUGAAAAGACGUAGUCUCCAGAUAUUUUUAGGAAACCUUUUUGUUGUGUAACUUAUUUUUACCUCUGCGGACUAAGUUAACAAGGAUAGUAAUUACUUUUUCUGACUGUAUAGUACAACUAAUUCAUUAUUUCUACAUAAUACCAUCUGGGAGUUACCAUCUGCUACAAAUCGUUAUCAUGAUGCUAUGGAGUCUACUGAGGUUCCGGUAUUAGUUAACUGGCUUUAUCUUGGCCUGAGGACAUGUUAUUACAGUAUGACAACUGCCCUCAUAUCAUGUCUGCUAAUGCUUGAUAUCAGUUAUAGUAUUUAGUACAGAACUGCUCUAAGUUUACUUUCUGUUUUCAUACAUCACUGUUAAUGUUCACUGAACAGCUGUCUGUUCAGGGUGAAAACAUCCAUCGUCAUUUCUAUUGUUUUUCAGUCUGAUUUAUUUGCUGCGGGCUGACUGAGAGAGUCGGAAGGAAAUUAACCAUAUUCCCUUCACCUUGUGAAACUCAAAAAUGAUGCUGAAGAAAUUUAGUGUCUGCUUGCCUCAGUCUAAGCCGCAACAAUCGACUAAUCUAUUUUGAUAAUUGUUCUAGUCGAUUUCCAGUGUCUCAGAUGUGAGAAUUGUUUUCCUCCCUCCUCCUUACAUUUUGUUAAAUAGAAUAUAUUUGGGUUUUAGACUUGUGAUAGGACAAAAUACAUUUGAUGACUUCACCUUAGGCUCUAGGAAAUUGUGAUGGGCAUUUUUCACAGUUUACUCAAGGUUUGUAGACUAAACAAUUAAGAAAUUAAUUGGCAGAUUAAUCAAUAAUAAAUAAGUUACUUGCAGACCUGCAAGAGUCCAUUGAUAUAAGAGGAGAUGUGAAUUAGUUAAACGUGUUGAAAAGAGUUAAGAUAUAACCAUAAAUGCUAGAAAGUACUCUGUUGUGUGUACACUGUGAAAGUGAAUCCUUAGAACGUUAUAAACUGAACCGAAGUACAGUUUUAUAAAUGUGAUUUGGACCUGGUUUUCUUUGUAAUAGUUAAUUUCACCCUCUCAAUGAUCUGAGCCACACUUGGCUGACAGCUCCUGAGGUAAAGAGUAAAGAGGCUCUUUCUGUCAUCUACACAUUAUUUAGGUCUGCAGCUCCUUCGACACAAGAGAAGAGAAUCUAUGCAGUUUUUCCAUUUAUGUUUUCCCGUGUAAGAAGUCAACCAGUUGUCUUGUUUGGAUAUUAACAAUUAUGUUUGUCUACAUAUUGUUCACUAAUUUCAAAAAGGUCACCAUAGUUUGUAACAAAUAUAAAUCUAAGUUUUCAAAACAGAUGGAAUACAAGCUAUAUGGAUUGCUCUCACCACAGUGGCCUAAUCUAAAAAAUAUAUAUCUAAAUAUGUUGGUCUCUAAAGUCACCUUCUGUUUUAUGUCCAAUACUAAAAGGUGGUAUGUGUGCAUUGCUGUUGUUUUGUAUAAGUUCUAUAGUCACUGUUUUGAAUUUGGUAUAGAGGUAAAUAAUAAAUGGCUUUUUUUUGGUGUUCAACCACA